CCCAGGUUCUGCCCUUUUGAUUAUAAAACACUAAGAAGGGGCUCAUCCCCCCGCGAGGGCAAACAUUACUCAUCGAUCAUAUGAUCAGCUGGACGUUUCCACUUCGGGAUUAUGACAAAAGAAAAAAAAGAAAAACACGGAAGAUCCGUCGGUACACAAGACCUUGGCCAAUCAGAGUGGUGCGGGCGCCACGCCCCGCGGCAGAGCGGAAUGGGAUUCGCCGGUUAGCGUGUCCAUCAAAGCAACGCGUCAAGCUAGCGAAGUUCACGUGUGCGUCAGAGCGGAUGCGCUUUGCGUCCUCGUUCGACCUUUCACCGAAAUUCUGGGAGUCGUCACCAAAUAUUUGUGAUUAAAUCCGCAUAUGUUGUUAAAUGUAUUUCAUAGGCAUUUAACGGUCACAUCUUUGAAAUGUGUAAAAUGAAAAAUAGAUAUUUAUCGAAAAUGUCGAAAGCAACCCGUAGGUUCACUUAACUCGGCGUGUACUUUGAAAGGAUAAGCGGAAGUAUGUUUGCGGUGGCAGGCGCCGGUCGGCGAAUUGUCGCCGAAAUCGCAGUGUUUGAAGGCGCUGCUAACUGACUGGCAACUAGUUGGAGGACUUGGACGCGGGCGCCUCGCGACCUUCUCAACUCACCGGGCGCCCAACGUGAGCGAGGCCCGGCCGCGAUGGAGGUGGACAAGAUGGACGAGAACGACUGGCGGUACCACGGCGAGGGCAACAAGAGCCUGGUGGUCUCCCACGUCCAGCUGUCCAAAGUUCUGCGCCUGCUCAAGUAUCCCGCCGAGGACUCCGAAAACCCGCCGCAGACUGCCGAGCAGGCCUUCAGGCAGAUCCAGAACAUUGUGGACUUCAGCUCCAACGUGAUGAGCAGCCUGCUGGGCGACAAGUUCGUUCAUAGCGGGGAAGUGGUCAAGCUGCCGCUGGAGUUCGUCCGUCAGCUGUCAAUCAAAGUUCAACACCAGCGGCCCGCGUGGCGACGCGACAAAGUGAUGGACAUCUACAGCGGCUGCGCCCUCUGCCUGCCCAACCUGGCGUCGCCCGACCCCCCGCUGCGCUCUCACCCGCCGCCGCUCUGCGUGGAAAUCAAGCCCAAGUGCGGCUUCCUGCCGUCGGCCGAGCACAUCAGCAGAGACGUCAAGAGCAAAGUGUGUCGCUUCUGCAUGCACCAACACUACAAGGUGGCCAGCGGGCGCUGGAAGAGACGCAGCCUGUACUGCCCUCUGGACUUGUUCUCGGGGAGCAGACAGAGGAUGCACUUCGCCGUCCGGCAACUCAUUGAAGAACCUCAGAACAACUUCAAAAUAUUUAAGGGGGGUCAAUGUAUAUACGGCGGCAGCGAGGACUCGUCGGACCUGAACUCGCUGCUGUACCACCUCCGACCUUACUUCCUGUACAGCAACCACCGCAUCCACGCUCACAUGAGCGGCAAAGCCGUCCUAGGAGACUUCAUCCAGGUGCUGGUAAACGCCCUUCUGAACGGCGGCGGUGGAGGAGGAGGAGGAGGUGGGGUCGAGACGGACCGGAGGGAGGAGGCUCGAACUUUCUGCGAAGCCAGUCGCUUCAACAAGGAGAGAAGUCGAUACGGCUCUCAGGGUCUCCCCGGCGACAGCGUUCUGUGCCGCAUCCUCCAGACGCAAAUGUUGGACAACUUGAACAUCGAAGGCGUUUAUCCUCUCUACCGCCGAGUGGAGCAACACCUGCACGACUUCCCAAAGGAGAGAAGCCGUCUGCAUGUGGACGGCCCGUACAACGAGGCCUUCCUCGAGCGUCUGCGCAAGUGUCCCUCCGAGGACGACGGCUCGCUGGACUUCGCCGUGUCUAAGGUGCAUCAGUACCGUGUCGCCAUGACGGCCAAGGACUGCUCCAUCAUGGUCGCCCUCGUGCCCUGCAGCGACGACCUCCAAGACGACGACGACGUCUUGUGCGGCCAGCGCCGCCUGCGGGACUUCCACUCGCCCAGACCGGCCGCCUUCUCGUUCUCGGUGUCCAUCCUGGACCUGGACCCCAAACCCCUGGACAGCAUCCCGCUGCAGCUGGGCUUGGACCACAAGAUCGUGUCGUGCUACACCAGGACGCUCGCGGCCGCUCAGUCCGAGCGAGACGACUGCACAACGUUGCUCUUCAGGCUGGUGUGACGGCCAGCAGGGGGCGUCGUCCCGAAAGCCACUUCUGUUUGUUUUGACUUUGGAAGGUAGGGUGGCAAGUUUCUCCCCCCCCCCUCGAGUGGACACCAGUACGGUUCCCUAGCAACCGUGUUGGCAGUCUAUGUGCCAAUACUUCUUAACCUGGAUCGUGCCAAGAGGCGGGUAAUGAUGUCAUUUCCUGAAUGUAUGCGGGAACUUUGCUAACCUACUGAGGAACUGGAACUCCUUUUUUAUCUGGACUAAUAUGAGCACACGUGUGUGUGUGUGUGUGUGUGGGUGUGUGUGUGCGCCCCUUUCAUGUAGAACUCCUAUAAUGUGGUCCUGAGCCUGUUUCACGCAGAUUUUUUUUUUUUUUUGCAUCAGAGCCUUGCAGGGUGGGGAGACGAGUUCCAACGAGCCAGUUUUACACACGUCGACGUCAGAGCUGAAACUUUGUCGCGGUUCACACGGAGAUUCUGUAAAGGUUUUAACGAAUCAACAACAUUGUCAUCAGUUUCACGGAGAGGCGAAUAAUGGGAGGCGGAACGCAGUUUCAUAAAAAGAUUCCGUGGUUAGCGUUAAAGAAAAAAAAAAAAAAACCCUAAGGUUAAUAAAAAGUCUUGUCACAGGGGAAAAAAUGCUUUGGAGUCAUAAGUAAAUAGUGACAGUUUCAUGCGGAGGCGCCGGAUCGGAGGCAGAACCGGAUCAGAUCGUACGGCGAGCGACCCAGCGAGGCCCGGAUAUUGUUACAAGUCGGCGCGCUUCCGCACAGAAUCAGAUAAUUCACGGACGACGGCAGCGGUGACUUUCGAUACAACAGCGGGAGAACCGGUCCCGACGUUCUCGUCCCUCCCCCUGAAAUUACCCGGUUGAGGCGGAACCUCGAUGCUGCUGCUGUCCAAGAAGAUAUCCGACAACGGCAAUUUGGCGGGAAACGCAAGCGUCUGGUGUUGAACCUUACACUUCGGACUUUGUUCCCCUUAACGCGGGGGCGCCGCCGUACCCCAGUUACGGUGCUCAUGCGACAUUUUGAUUCAGCCUCUAACUUUGCCGUUUACAUGCAGAAGCGGCGCACUUGGGCGGUAAUGUCGACUUGUUUGAAAGGGGGGUUACUGUGAUGUCACUUCCUGUGUGUGUCCCAUCUGCAAAUUGGCUAGUGUGCGUGUGUCUGUGUGAUAUUUACAAUGUGAAAUCCUCAGCUUGAUGAUGCGUUCAGGUCCUCUAUGAAAACGUUUGCCAGGAUGUUUUGUGUCAACUGACCAGCGGUGCGCCACCUACAGUAUGGUUGAAUAACCCCCCCCUCAAAAAAUUUAUGUGUGUGUAUAUAUACAUAUAUGUGUGUGUAUAUACAUGUGUAUAUGUGUACUGUAUGUGUAUAUAUAAAUAUAUAUUUCUACACACAUAUAUAAUCAUUUUUUUUCAAAGAAAAUAACGUAUGCCCCCCCCCGUCUAGCUCGCACAUGUGUUUUUUUUGUUAAUGUUUGGUGGGGGGUUAAAAAACGAUUUGUGACUACAAAGGCUGCUCGUCUGCCAUUUUGUAUGUAAAUUAUUUAUUUUUUUAGAUUUUGAGCCCUGUUGUCACACAAUUUAUACUGAAGCAAAAUAAUAAAACACUGAA